GUAGCGAAGUACUUGACCUCCCAAUUCUACUCUCUGAACUACAGUCUUCGUCAGCGCAUGGACAUUCUUGAUAUAUUGGUUUUGUCAGCUAAGGAACUGUCCUAUCCCAAAUUCUAUGGGAAUACCAAGCAUUCUGGUGCCCAAAAACCUUGUCUCCAGCUCCUUCCUGGAAGUGACAGCUCUAAGGACUGGAGAAGAAUUGUUGAUCAGAGGAUCAAAAGCAAGACUCGGAGAUUUGCUAUGGGUCAGUCUCAAGUGGAACUGGCUUCCAGCCCAAAUGAGUUCAAUUCUGUUGCUGGGCACUUCUUUUUUCCAUUGAUUCAGCACUUUGACAGGCCUUUGACAACAUUUGAUCUCCUGGGGGAAGAUCACUUUGUCCUUGGAAGACUGGUCCACACUUUAGCAAUCCUGAUGUACUUGGCUAUCAACACUAUGGCAGUUACUGCAAUGGGAAAGGCACUGCUGGAGUUUGUUUGGACUCUGCGUUUCCACACUGACUCGUAUGUGCGCCAAGGUCUUUUGUCCUGUAUCUCCUCCACGAUCCUCAGUGUCCCUGUGGAGCGUCUUCUGGAAGACAUGACAGAAGAGCUUCUGGAGACUCAGUCGUGGUUGGAAGAUGUGGUAGAGAAAGAUCCAGAUGGGGACUGCAGGAGGCUGGCCUUGCAGAACUUGCUACUGAUGGAGAACCUGAAAAAGAAACUCAAAACUGUCCCUUCGUAGCUGAAGCGUAAAAGAAAUUACCUUUAUCUCAUACUCUUGCCAGCUGCAUGUGUGUAGGCACUGCUGGGGCCUCUUCAGCAGUCACCUGGCUGGAGAAGAGGAAGAAGGGGGGAAGGGUGCAGAGCUGUCAGCCAGCGAACCUGACUUGACAUCUGGACUUUGUAGUGGAGGCCAAUUUAGUGAGCUAUUGCUAUCCGGUACGGAGUGUACAGAUGCAGGAAGGUAGGCUAGAGCUGCCAUCCUCCCC